AUGAAGUCUUUCGAAGUAUCAGACCCUAUCACAUCAAGUCUCAAGGGAUUUGUCCUAGCCAAUCCCUCAAUCACAUUAGUCCCAGAAGAAAAAUUCCUGUAUAGAACAACAGACAAGAAUAAAAUCGCAUUGAUUUCAGGUGGUGGGAGUGGUCAUGAACCUACACAUGCUGGUUUUAUUGGUGAAGGAAUGUUAAGUGGUGCUGUCUGUGGUGACGUUUUUGCUUCUCCUUCCACGAAGCAAAUAUUGAAUGGUAUACAAUUGAUUGCUGAAAAUUCUAAAGGUGUUCUCUUAAUUGUCAAGAACUAUACUGGUGACGUCCUACAUUUCGGUUUAUCUGCUGAAAGGGCAAGAGCAUUGGGAAUUGACUGUCGUGUCGUCGUUGUAGGCGAAGAUGUCGCCGUUGGGAGAGAGAAAGGUGGGAUGGUUGGAAGAAGAGCAUUAGCAGGUACAGUUUUAGUCCAUAAGAUUGUAGGUGCCUUUGCAGAAAAGUAUUCGGAAAAGUAUGGUUUAGAUGGUACUGAAAGUGUGGCAUAUAUUGUCAAUGAUGCCAUGGUUACCAUUGGUUCGUCAUUGGAUCACUGCAAAGUUCCAGGUAGAAAAUUCGAAAGUGAAUUAAAUGAAAAACAAAUGGAAUUAGGUAUGGGUAUCCAUAAUGAGCCUGGUGUUAAAGUCUUAGAACCAAUUCCAUCAACCGAAGAUCUAAUUUCUAAUCACAUGUUGCCCAAAUUGUUAGAUUCCACGGAUAAGGAUAGAGCAUUCGUUGAUUUCAAGAAAGACGAUGAAGUCGUCUUAUUAAUCAACAAUCUAGGGGGAGUUUCUAACUUGAUCAUUUCAUCCAUUGCAUCCAUUACCACUGAUUUCUUAGCUGAACAGUAUAAUAUCAAGCCUGUCAAAACUAUUGUUGGUACUGUAAUGACUUCAUUCAAUGGUAAUGGAUUCAGUAUAACUUUAUUGAAUGCUUCUAAAGUUAAUAAGGAGUUAUCUUCUAAGUUUUCUGAAGUUACUUCAGUCAUUAAUCUAUUAAAUGACUUUACGGAUGCUCCUGGUUGGCCAAUUGCUGAUUUCGAAAAUAAGAUGGCACCAUCUGUUAACCAUGAGAUCUUACAUAAUGAUGUUAAAGUUAAAGAAGUUGGUACAUACGAUUAUGAAUCGUUUUCUAAAUGGAUGAAAGCCGGUGCUGAACAAAUUAUAAAGAGUGAACCACAUAUUACCAAAUUGGAUUCUCAAGUUGGUGAUGGUGAUUGUGGCUACACGUUGGUAGCCGGUGUCAACGGCAUAACCGAGAACCUAGAUAAAUUAUCCAAGACCUCUUUAUCUGUUGCCACAGCUCAAAUCUCGGAUAUUAUUGAAGGCUCUAUGGGUGGUACAUCUGGUGGUUUAUAUUCGAUUUUAAUUUCUGGAUUUUCUCAUGGAUUAAUUCAAGUAUUGAAGAAUAAAGGUGAUCCAGUCACAGCAGAAGCUACCGCUGAAGCGUUCGAAAUUGCACUAGAAACUUUAUUCAAAUAUACAAAGGCAAGGAAGGGCUCAUCUACUUUGGUUGAUGCGUUGGCGCCAUUCAUCGAAGAAUUUGCCAAGUCAAAAGACUUCAAGAAAGCCGUUCAAGCGGCAGCUGAAGGUGCCAAAUCCACAGGAACUUUUGAGGCCAAAUUCGGCAGAGCUUCCUAUGUUGGUGAUUCUUCUAAUGUUGCCGAUCCAGGUGCUGUGGGUUUUACUGAAUUCUUGAAAGGUAUUGAAUCUGCAUUCUAG